AUGAGCGAGAAAGCAGAUGAGCAUGAGAUAGACCAGUGGGCGAGCGUCGAACAAUUCCCCGAACAUCUCAAAAAGUACUGGCAUCAACGCUUCAAGAUCUGGGAGAAAUACGACAAGGGCAUUUGGAUGACAGAAGACGCCUGGUUUGGCGUAACCCCAGAGCCCAUUGCAAACAAGAUCGCUGCUCACAUUUCAGAGUCGGCGCCCAAGGAGAAGACGGUCAUUGUGGAUGCUUUUGCCGGCGUGGGUGGUAAUGCCAUAGCGCUGGCGCGUUCAGGCCGUUGGGAACGCGUUUUUGCGAUUGAGAAAGAUCCCAAGACGCUCAUGUGCGCAAAGCACAAUGCUGAGAUCUACGGUGUAAGCAGUAAGAUAUUUUGGCUGCCGGGAGACUGUUUCGAUGUCAUUAGCAGGUUCUCGGGCCAAAGCAAUGUGGUUGUCUUUGCUAGUCCGCCGUGGGGAGGAACUGAGUAUGGCGCGGAAGAUGUAUUUGACCUCACCAAGAUGGAACCAUACAAUCUUGACAAACUCUACAAGAGUUUCACGAAGAUUAGCAAGGAAGUUGUUCUGUACCUACCCAGGACUUCAGAUCUGAACCAGAUUGCGAGGUAUGGACAAGACGGCAAAAAGUUGGAAGUUGCGCAUUAUGCUAUGAUGGGUGCUAGUAAGGCUCUGUGUGUGUACCUUGGGAACUUUGAUUUCGAGAUGGAGCAGGAAGAGUCAUAA